CGCAAGGUCGCAGGAUGUUUUGCGUCAGCUUACGAUUGAAUGGUGGCCUGCUUCCUUGACCGAUCUGUGUCUAGGCAAAAUUAAAUCAAAUAUGCGGCUUCAUUCUUUAAAAUCAGCCUAUCUACGGUGCGCUUGCACGCUGUUCUUUCAGCUUGUUUUUCUAAUAAGUAGUGCCAACAUAGCGGCCAGCGAUGAAGACGUUGUACCAGAGAAGCAUGUGAUCGAAGGCAAAGUGGUGCCUCCUGAAAUCGCCACAUCCGAAUGGCUAACAUCCACACGAAUUCUCGUGAACGGAGGUGAACAGCUCGGUUUCUUGAGGAGCGACGGCAGCUUUUCAGUGCACAAUCUGUCUCCUGGGUCGUACGUCGUCGAAGUGGCUAAUCCUGACCACGUAUACGAGCCAGUACGUGUGGACAUCAACUCCAAGGGGAAGUUCCGGGCACGUCGAGUCAACUACAUCCAGUCAAACUUGAUACAGACUCUUGCGUACCCGCUGAAACUGAAGAGUCGCGGCCCCUUCCAGUAUUUCCAAGUUAGGGAGACAUGGAGGAUCACCGACUUCCUCUUGAACCCUAUGGUUCUCAUGAUGGUGGUUCCUCUGCUGCUCAUCAUGGUCUUGCCGAAACUGAUGAAUGCAGCUGACCCAGAAACUCAGAGGGAGAUGAACCAGAUGCAAAUGCCGAAGUAUGACAUGCCUGAACUGUCGGAAAUGAUGACCACACUCUUCACGGGAGGCAACAAGAGGCAACAGCAGGCCAAGAUGACUCGAGUGGCCAAGAAGCGGCAGUAGCGAGCUAUGAACAGGGCACGUGAUGCCACUGCUCUGCUGUGCUGUGAUACCCCAAUUCAGUAUCUCCUUUGCAAAAUAAUAGACAUGUGUAAAAGAUAUCCUUAAGCAAAUACUAAUGGACAAGACAUGUAAAGACUGUUUAGUUUUGUUUCCUAUGUGCAUUGUGUUGUUUUAUGCACCCUAUUGCCACACCUCUUUGUGAAACGGAAGUUACCCAGAGCAUUUGUGCGGGUUUGGAUUUUUAACUGGGUCUUGUAUAACUUUAAAAACGUGUGUACCUUAGCAUGUUGCGUGAACAUGUCAUGGCUUACUGUCUCGCGUCAUCAAGAAAACAAACCACCUGAAUUAAACGGUUGCAUAACCAGUGCCCACUUCUGUUCAACAAGUGCAAUGCCUUGAGUCAUUGCACCCCCAUGUCCCCAGUUGCCAUGGCAAUGUCUAAGCAUGAAGGUAAAGAAAACAAUAACUGAAGGGCGAGUAACUACAUGGGCCAUUAACGAGCAGUCCUUGUAAACAUUUUCCAGUGGCGUGUGCUUACAGCAUGCUGCUAGGAGAUGUGUGCCUUCGUGAAGGCAUAAAAGAGUAAUCUCAUUAUGUGCACAAAUAUGCAAUGGCAUUAUGUGGUCUGCAGUGCCAUUAAUACUUGGGAAAGGGUGAGUGGCAUCUUAGUACAUUUGGGGGAAUUAUUUGGGGAAUCAAUAUUUUGAGACAAAGGGAUGUGGGCAAUUACGUGAGAUAUUACUGUAGUUGUGCUUUCCUCGAAGCAAAUAGCAUCACAUGUACCUUCAUUUUUGAGCAUGUGCUUAUCAGUGCUCUAUAUUGUGAGGGCAAGAUGCACGAAAUAUGCAACCUGUUCAGUUUCAGCAAUGUGCCUCAACACACUGCACCACAUGGGGAAACUUGCUUUGUGUUUGUGUAUCUUGUACUAUAUUGUUUGAUAUCAAAUGCACCAGGUUUAGAACAAAGAGCAGCAGACUGCUUAUGUUGCUAUAUUCAAGUUGGGUUUUGUGGAUGUCGUGAUUGAUGAUGUGGUCAGGCAAUGGUAUGACUUGUUGUUCAGGAACCCAUGCAUCCCUUUAUACCGUUGGUGCUGAAAGGCUAGUGCACAUUGCAAAUGAUGAAUCUGGGGAGUCAUAGUCCUCUUGACUGCCAGCUUUGAGGUUCUAUGAAACAGUAAGUGAUAAGAGACAUUGCAACAGAUGAAAGACACAUUUGCAAGCCAGCUCAUCUGACAUGCUGACAUCUUUGUUUGAUAAUGCUUACUCUUAGGUCUAAAUGAAGUUUGGUAUUCUUUUUCUUGCUGGUGUAACUUUGAGAUUUAUGCAGACCUCUUCACAUUUGUGCACGAUCUUGCUCCAUAGAUCCAUCAAAAUGGGCUGCUGCUGAUUUUUGAAACACAUCAUGGUAACACAGCUUACGUGUAAAAAAAUAUUUGUAGUAUAUCUCAGUGUGUUUUUCAUGAACUUGGGGAACAAUUCUGCACUUCUGCAUGUACGAUGGUUGUAUUUUGUAAAGCCCUUAAAAUGUUUUUUUUUUUAAAUAUAUAAUGGUGUAGAACACUAAACGCUCACUGUGAACCUAGUCCUUAACUUCUUGGCAAUUAUGGUGUGCUCAUAUCGCUGGUUGUAAUGCAUUGCUGGUUUGUUAGGUUAGCUCAGAUACCGGUUGUUGGUUUUUCAUACCAAACAGCUCGCAUGAUAUAGGGUGUUCAUGUUUGUUGGCGCAAUUUCUAAUCUCUCUCGAGAUACUUUGUACAUUGUGAUGCUAGUGACCCUUUGUGUUCCUCUUGUAAGGGAGUGAGGAAAUCAAAAGUGCACUUGUUAUGUUUCUCAUAUUGUAAAGAUGCUUAGCAAUUCCUCUUGUUUUAUAGUGCCAAUUGCUUUUUAAAUUAUGAAACAUUGACAGUAACAUUAAUUUCCAAGCGAACUGCUUUGAAUGGUUAGUAAGCAGAUAUGAAAUUGUAUUUUAAAAUUGUCAUAUAAACAGCUGUAUUCCCUAAAAAUUAUAAAACUACAGUCUGCAUCCUACCAUUUAGGAGUGAUCAGAAAAAUGAUUGCUUGCAGCCUUUUUUGCAACAUUGGCAUUUCCAUGUGGAUAGCUUUAUUAUUAACAAGUUAUAUUGUAAUAUUAUUGCAGUCUCUGAAGCUGUAACUUUUUUACAUUGUCGGGUCUUGGCUGUGAAUACAUGUGCGUACAAGGAGAACAGUUUUUGUAUUCCACAUCAGGAAGCUCUGUACAAGAAAAUACAGACAUUGUUAUAUUAUGGUGAAUAAAUUUAUGGCAACACAGCUGUA